AUGGCAAAAACUGGGGAUAAGCCCAAGCUGAAGAAGCAGCGUAAUCCACGUCACCAUUCCGAAUCGGAAUCGGAAGAACGUGACCAUUCCGAAUCGGAACCGGAAUCGGAAGAGAAGCCUAAGCAGCCAAUCAAGCAGCAGCCUAACCCAGUUGCUGAAUCCGAAUCCGAUUCCGAGUCCGAAUCGGAAGAGAAGAUGAAGUCGAAGAAGCCUAACCCAUCCGAAUCGGAAGAGAAGUCGGAGAAGAAGCGAAAGCCGUUGCCGGCGGGUGAAGCCGAAAGUUCGAAGAAGAAAAAGAAGAUUGAGCAAAAGUCAGCAUUCCAGAGAAAAUGGAGCCAUGAGGACGAGAUUGCCCUUCUGAAGGGGCUUUUAGAAUUCCAAAAGGAUGGGAAGAAAUGUGAAGACAUGGAUGCCUUUCAUGAGUUCAUCAAAAAUAAGCUCCAAAUGACGGUGACCAAAACCCAGCUUCAGAGCAAGAUCAGAACGCUCAAGAAUAAGUACAACAAUAACAACAAGGGAAAGGAAAUCAAAUUCAAGGAAGAUGGUGGUGGAGGUAAAGAGUCCUAUGAUUUAUCCAAACUGGUGUGGGGGAGUGAGUUGAAGCCGAUGAGUAGAGAAAGUAUGAAUAUUGUUUUGGUGGAUGAUAAGGAAUGGAAGAAACUUUUGGUUGAUGAGACAGAGGCCUACAUCACGUAUCAAAACGCCAAGGUUGCACGGGCAAACCAUCUUCUUAGCCUCAUCAAAUCAUCCACUUAG